AUGUCUGAACUGGCGUUGUAUUCAUAUCAAAACAAUCCAAAUAACGUUUAUAUGUUGAAUCAAGGAGGGGUCUUUGAUUUGACUGCCAUGGCAGUGACACAUCAGCAUGUCUUUAGCAUGGUGUUGACCAAGUCUGUCCUCCAGUAUGGUGGCAUGGCUUCAGAUGCUGAUUUUCCCUGUGCAGGGUUCUGUGAGCCCCUGGGUGACUCUUCGACUCCGCCAACAACACUGACCCCAAUGCUCAGUACCAUGACUUCCAGUGCUUUUACCAGCAACUCUCACCCAAACUGGUAUUUCAAGAGCAUGAUGAUCAUGCAGGGUGCAUGCCUUCAGGAGAUUAAGGAUAUGGCCAAUAGUGGAUCAUUGGUCAGGAUCCUCGAUGGGUUGAUCUAUGAUUUAACCACGUAUCUCAGCUAUCUGCCUGCUGUCAUUACACCUACCAGUACUCAAGCAGGCAGAGGCAUCGACACACAAUUCAUGAGUUCCACCAUUGUUGAUCUGUUCAAGAUCAACUCUGGGCAGGAUUUUAUGAAGAAGUUCAAGGAUGGUCUUGGACUUGAUUCUGCAACACUCGAAAGCCAGAGGAUGUGUCUUUGCAAUCUAUUCUUGAUCGGUGCAUGUCUGUUCUCGCAAUAUAUCUUGCUCAUCCUUUCGGUUCUCAUGGUCUCCAUCAUUGGGUUCAAAUUCAUUGCAUCAAUCAAUUUCGGGGCUGUUCAUGCACCUGAGGACCAUGACAAGCUCGUGAUUUGCCAAGUUCCGUGUUACACUGAAGGCAAGGCAUCACUUUGGUGUAUGAUCAAUUCAUUGGCUGUGCUCAAGUAUGACGAUAAGCACAAACUGAUCCUCAUCGUGUGCAACAGGAACAUUGUCAGAUCUGGCAACAAUCACCCAACACCACAUAUCAUGCUUGAUAUUCUGGGUGCUGACCCAAACUUGGACCCUGAACCACUCAGUUUUCAUAAUAUGGCCAAAGUGUACUUGGGUCUGUACGAGUGUGCUGGACAUGUCGUGCCUUACCUUGUGGUCAUCAAGGUCAGGAAGCCAACAGAGAGGUCACGUCCUGGAAAUCAUGGUAAGCAUGAUUCACAGAUGGUGGUCAUGCAUUUCUUGAACAAGGUGCAUUACAAUAUGCCAAUGAAUCCCCUUGAGCUCGAGAUGUAUCACCAGAUCAAGAACAUCAUCGGCAUCAACCUGACAUUUUAUGAGUAUCUAUUUGCCAUCAAUGCAGAUAUGACUGCAGAGCUGUACACACUUAACUGCCUCAUUUCUGCAAUGAUUCAUGACAAGAAAGUCCUUGGUGUGUGUGGUGAAACAUCCCUUGCCAAUGCCAAACAGUUGAUUGUGACGAUGAUGCAGGUGUACGAGUACUUCAUCUCCCAUCACAUGGCAAAGGCAUUUGAGAGUCUGUUCAGCUCGCUCACUUGCUUGCCCGGUUGUUUCACCUUGUUCCGUCUGUGCACACCAGACAUGCACAAUGUCUCCAACCAAAUUACCCAAGAUUAUUCCCAGAACCGUGUCGAUACCCUACACAUGAAGAACUUACUGCUUCUUGGAGAAGAUCGUUAUUUGACAACCCUAUUGCUCAAACACUUCCCGAUGUACAAGAUGCAAUUUAUCAGGGACACUCAUGCCGAGACAGUUGCUCUGGAUGAUUGGAAGGUUCUGCUCUCACAACAUCAUCAUUGGAUCAACUCAACCAUUCAUAAUCUUGGUGAACUCAUGUUCCUGGAUCAGCUUUGUGGUUUCUGUUGCUUCUCCAUGCAUUUCAUUGUCAUGAUGGAUCUCAUAUCAACACUGAUUCAGCCCAUCACCAUCGCAUAUAUCGUCUACUUGAUCGUGUUGGUCGUUUAUGAGCACAGUACCAUCCCCUUCAUCUUCCUUGUCAUGAUUGCUGCCAUGUACAGCUUGCAAGCCUUUGUGUUCGUUCUGCAUUGCAAGUGGGACAUGGUUGGAUGGAUGGAUUUCUAUAUCUUGGCCAUCCCGAUUUUCUCAUUCAUGCUUCCAAUCUACUCAUUUUGGCAUAUGGAUGAUUUCUCAUGGGGUGCCACACAUGUCAUACUGGGAGAAUCUGGAAAGAAGAUCAUCGUUCAUGAUGAAGGCAAGUUUGAUCCCCACUCUAUUCUCCUCAAAACAUGGAACGACUAUGAAAAUGAGUUGUGGGACCGAGAAUCCAAUCACAGCAUUGGCUCUUGGGUACCCCCCACCCAAUUCUGCAAGGAAGGAUUGUACUGCAUCCCUGUACGACCAUGA